UCAGCACUGGAGAAAGAAUAGCUCGCACACUGUCACUUCUUUCUUCUGCCCCAGCACAGCGGAAUAUAAGACUCCAACACAGAGAUAGAGGUUCAAACGUCGUGUCGGAGCGGCAGGUAGGCUUUAGGGAACGCGGGGACAUCGGAAUGUUCUGCCACUCUCCUUGCUCUUCUCUAUCUGUUCUCAACUCCGCUUGCCAUCAGUUACUGAUUGAAGUCAUACAAUCAACCGGGAUUGCUGUCUACUGCCUUUCAGUGAGUCUACUCCCUCACUGCAAUACCAAUGCGAGGGUACUGUCAGUGUAUACAGUCAGCGAGUAAACGGACGGGAGGCGCGCAUGUAAAAUAGUCACCGACAAAAUGGACAAAGGGAACUACAUCAUUGCUUCGCUUCUUUUUCAACUGCUGGACUUAAUAUGUGGACAGUUCUUUCCAGGCAGCUGUUCAUUUGAAGACCCCUACAGCAGCUGUGGCUACAGUGUGGCCCUCGGGACCAAUGGCUUCGCUUGGGAGCAAGUCAACACUUGGGAGAGGCCCACCAUGGACGCAGCUGUUCCCACAGGUUCUUUUAUGGUGGUGAACGGCUCCGGCCGGGCGUCGGGACAGAAGGCCCACCUGCUCCUGCCUACCCUGAAGGAGAACGACACCCACUGCAUCGACUUCCACUAUUCUCUAUCCAGCCGCGAAGGCUCCAGUCCCGGGGCACUCAAUGUCUACAUUAAGGUGAACGGCGGCGCCCAGGGUAACCCUGUGUGGAACGCCUCUGGCUCGGUGACCGAGGGUUGGGUCAAGACCGAGCUGGCCAUCAGUACCUUCUGGCCCAACUCCUAUCAGGUGAUAUUCGAAUCUGUAUCCGUACAGGGCCAUCCAGGGUUCAUCGCGGUGGACGAGGUCCGAGUGUUGGCCCACCCAUGCCGGAAAGCGCCUCACUUCCUGCGGCUGCAGAAUGUGGAGGUGAAUGUGGGCCAGAACGCCACCUUCCAGUGUACCGCUGGGGGGAAGUGGUCACAACACGACCAACUGUGGCUACAGCAGUGGAAUGGUAAAGACACAGCCCUCAUGGUGACGCGGGUGGUGAACCACCGGCGUUUCUCAGCCACCGUCAGCGUCGGGGACACGUCUCAGAGAAGCACCAGCCGCUAUCGCUGUGUCAUCCGCUCCGAUGGUGGCUCUGGGGUCUCCAACUACGCAGAGCUAAUCGUCAAAGAACCCUCCCCCACGCCCAUUGCCCCUCCGGAGCUCUUGGCGGUGGGGGCCACCUACCUGUGGAUCAAGCCCAACGCCAACUCCAUCAUCGGGGACGGACCUAUCAUCCUGAAGGAGGUGGAGUACCGCACAACCACGGGCAACUGGGCCGAGACCCACAUCGUGGAUGCCCCCACCUACAAGCUUUGGCAUUUGGACCCCGACGUGGAGUACGAGAUCAAGGUUCUGCUGACCCGGCCAGGCGAGGGAGGCACGGGACCCCCGGGACCUCCACUCAUCACCCGGACCAAGUGUGCUGACCCAGUCAACGGGCCUCAGAAUGUCAAUGUGGUGGACAUCCGGGCCCGCCAGCUCACCCUGCAGUGGGAGACGUUUGGCUAUGCCGUGACGCGCUGCCACAGCUACAACCUGACCGUGCAGUACCAGUACGUGUUCAACCAGCAGGAGUUUGCGGCCGAGGAACUGAUCCAGACGUCGUCCCACUACACCCUGCGGGGUCUGAGGCCCUUUGUCACCGUCCGCCUUCGCCUGGUCCUUGCCAACCCUGAGGGCAGCAAGGAGAGCGAGGAGAUCGUCAAGCAGACGGAGGAGGAUGUUCCCGGCUCCGUUCCAAUGGAGUCCACCCAGACCGGACCAUACGAGGAGAAGAUCUUCAUGCAGUGGAAGGCACCUAACGAGACCAAUGGUGUCAUCACGCUAUACGAGAUCACCUAUAAGGCUCUGAGCUCCUUGGACCCCAGUGCAGACCUGACCACCCAGCGCGGCAGGGUGUUCAAGCUACGCAACGAGACCCAUCACCUGUUUGUGGGGCUCUACCCAGGCACCACCUACUUCUUCACCCUUAAAGCCAGCACCAACAAAGGUUUUGGACCCCCUGUUACCACCCGCAUCGCCACCGAGAUAGCAGCCCCAUCGAUGCCGGAAUACGAGACAGACACGCCCCCUCUGAACGAGACGGACACCACCAUCACAGUUCUGCUGAAGCCUGCCCAGUCCAGAGGAGCUCCCGUCAGUGUCUACCAGCUGGUGGUGAAAGAGGAACGCAAGCAGAAGGUGCGGCGGGCAGCCGACGCGCAGGAGUGCUUCCCCGUCCCCGUCAGCUUCAAGAAUGCCUCCAUCUUGGAUUCGCCCCACUACUUUGCGGCGGAGCUCCCGCCCACCUACCUGACUGUGGUUCAGCCCUUCACCGUAGGCGACAACAAGACCUACAACGGCUACUGGAACCCCCCCCUCUCUUCAUCCAAGAGCUACAGCAUUUACUUCCAAGCCCUGAGCAAAGCCAAUGGGGAAACAAAAAUCAACUGUGUGAGACUGGCUACUAAAGUGGUAAUAGGUAGGGGACAAAAUACCACGCCGUACAUACUUGUCAUCCCCAGUGAAGGCGCGUCCACCCAGGACUCGGACGCUGUGGAGCCCGAAAAGCAGGUGGACAGCAACGUCAAGAUGGCUGGUGUCAUCGCAGGCAUCCUCAUGUUCGUCAUCAUCCUACUAGGAGUGGUUCUCACCUUUAAACGCAGGAAACUGGCCAAAAAACAGAAGGAGACAGCCAACAGCAGCACCCAGCGUGAGAUGGGGCCGGUGGGCACGGCUGACAAGAGCACCACCAAAGUCAGCACUCUGCACAAGGACGACCCUUUCUCCACCAGCAGCCAGGACCUCAAUGGUUUCACAUCCCCCUCUCCCUGCUCCUUCUCUGUGCAAGGCAAAACCCUGCAAAGCAAAUCCCUUUUGAAUUCCUACUACUCAGUGUCGAAGGAGGCUGUUGCAGUCCCUGCAACAGCAUCAAUCGACAGCAGCCAUAGUGAGUUGGCUCAGCCAUCGUUGACCAUCCAGACGUACCCAUACGGGGGCUGUGAGUCAGUAGAGAUGUCCUACCAAGCUGGCCAGUUCCAGCCAGCCAUCCGUGUAGCCGACCUCCUCCAGCACAUCACCCAGAUGAAGUGUGGCCAGGGCUACGGCUUCAAGGAAGAGUAUGAGGGUCUGACGGAAGGACAGGCGGCCCCAUGGGAGACUGCCAAGAAGGAUGAGAACCGCAACAAGAACCGAUAUGGCAACAUCAUCGCUUAUGACCACACUCGUGUCAGACUGCAACUGCUAGACGGAGACCCCCACUCGGACUACAUGAAUGCCAACUACAUAGACGGGUAUCAUAGACCAAGACAUUACAUCGCCACACAAGGCCCCAUGCAGGAGACUGUGAGAGAUUUCUGGAGGAUGAUCUGGCAAGAGAAUUCUGGCAGUAUCGUCAUGGUUACGAACCUGGUGGAAGUGGGCAGGGUGAAGUGCGUGAGGUACUGGCCUGACGAGACUGAUGUGUACGGAGAUAUCAAGGUGACACUGAUCGAGACAGAGCCACUGGCCGAGUACGUCAUUCGCACCUUCACAGUCCAGAAGAAGGGCCACCAUGAGAUUCGGGAGAUCCGUCAAUUCCACUUCACUAGCUGGCCUGACCACGGUGUGCCCUGCUACGCCACCGGCCUCCUAGGCUUCGUCCGCCAGGUCAAGUUCCUCAACCCUCCCGAUGCCGGCCCCAUCGUGGCCCACUGCAGUGCCGGGGCUGGAAGGACAGGCUGUUUCAUAGCUGUGGACAUUAUGCUGGAUAUGGCCGAGAACGAGGGUGUGGUGGACAUCUUCAACUGCAUCCGCGAACUGCGCUCACAAAGGGUUAACAUGGUGCAAACUGAGGAGCAGUAUGUCUUUGUCCACGAUGCCAUCCUGGAAGCCUGCUUGUGUGGAAACACAGCCAUCCCAGUCUGUGAAUUCAGAGCCAUAUACUACAACAUUAUCAGACUGGACCCACAGACCAACUCUAGCCAAAUUAAGGACGAGUUUCAGACUCUGAACAUCGUGACUCCCCGGGUUCGGCCUGAAGACUGUAGCGUGGGACUGCUCCCCCGGAACCAGGACAAGAACCGCAGCAUGGACGUCCUGUCUGUGGAUCGCUGCCUGCCUUUCCUCAUCUCUGUUGAUGGAGAGUCCAGUAACUACAUCAACGCUGCCCUCAUGGAUAGCCAUAAACAGCCAGCAGCCUUCAUCGUAACCCAGCACCCGCUGCCCAACACGGCCGCCGACUUCUGGAGGCUGGUCUUCGACUAUAACUGCUCCUCGAUAGUCAUGCUCAACGAGAUGGAUGCAGCGCAGCUUUGCAUGCAGUACUGGCCCGAGAAGAGCUCCUGCUGCUACGGCCCCGUCCAGGUGGAGUUCAUCUCAGCCGACAUCGAUGAAGACAUCAUCAAUCGCAUCUUCAGGAUCUGCAACAUGGCCAGGCCCCAGGAUGGCUACCGUUUGGUGCAGCAUUUCCAGUUCAUCGGCUGGCCGGCCUAUCGGGACACGCCCCUGUCCAAGCGCUCCAUCUUGCAGCUGGUGAGACGUCUGGCCAAGUGGCAGGAGCAGUACGACGGGGGAGACGGACGCACCGUGGUCCACUGCCUGAUGGGUGGUGGACGUAGCGGUACCUUCUGUGCCAUCUGCAGCAUCAGUGAGAUGAUCCAGCAACAGAACAUUGUAGAUGUGUUCCACACCGUCAAGACCCUGAGGAACAACAAAUCCAACAUGGUGGAGACUAUGGAACAGUACAAGUUCUGCUAUGAAGUUGCUCUGGAGGCCCUUAGCUCAUUCUGAGAGAGCAACGUUGCCCCUCGUGUCUGUGGGACACAGUGCUGACACUGCAGACACCAACCCAUAUGAGGCAGUGGAUGUGUGUGUGACCACAAACUCUAUAAUGAAGAAAAUUACACCCUCCACACUGGGGUUAUGUGUGCGCUUUUGCAAGACUGGGACCCCUUUCUCUUGUAUAAAGAAAAAAUGGAAUGAAAACCUUUAAACACAGCUUUCCUUCUCUUUCUUCAAUGUCCAUCUUGGACUGUGAUGUGAUCUUGUACAGUAAUUUCCUUUUUAGAUAUAUGCCUUGAAUUUUAUUCCCUCAGUGUAAAAAUACAAACCAAGAAAAUAAACUGACAUGGCUUCAGCUGAUGGGGAUAAAAAAAAACACACACACACAAAAACAACACAAUCAGAUUAACAAACAGAACCGAUACAGACGAAGACAAAUGCAAGAUGCGAAGAUUUGAACUCUACCUGGCUUUGCACCUCUUUUUAAAGAAUAUUAAUAACGACUGUAUUAUAUAUUUCCCCCUUGUUUUAACAGACACAAAAUGGCAGAUAUUUUUUGUAAUUCUUUGGAUUUUGUGGUUCCUGCAACUCCCUUACAUCCAUGUGCACACGCUGGUUUUCUCACAUUCGCAAAGUGACAUUUUUAUUUUGGUAUUGUGGCAUGUUCUCAUUCUCUUGUCCCAUGGCUCUUGUGCUGUGCAGACAAUCAUGAAUUAUUCUGGGCCCGGUUUUCAAAAGCAUCUUAAGGCUAAGAUGUGUUUGGGAAUCCGGGCCCUGGUUUGCUGCACUGAAAAUGAGAGAAGAGUCAGUCAACACUUGAGCAUUCUAUGCUGGCUCUACACAGUAUUCAUCAAAACUUAUUUUACAUUCAUUUGUUUUGGCAUUUCCACUGUAUUUUGCACUGCUUUACCUUCAAUCCCAUUUUAAAAUGGUGUCAUGUAGGGGAGACUAGGGGCAAUCGUAACAGGGAGCAAUUGUAACACGUUGCAUUUCUCCAAAAAGAAAAGCUGGAGUGAUGAAACACACACAGUACAUUUAGGUUAUGUCUGAAAAGUUACAGCCAGAUAUAUUCACUUUUAAUGGGCAAAUGUUUGUUUUUCAGGGAUGAAAGUAGUUUUUUCCACCGGUUGUAUUUUUAUAAUACUGCAUUAGCAUUAGUGUCCAAUAAUUCAAACUAUCAUAAUUUGCAUCACUAUAUGUGGACUAAACAUUGACAUGAAUGACAUGUCACUAUUGUUGUCUCUUCCUAGGCACAUGACGUUUUGUCAUGGCUGCUGGGUUGGGGGCAAUUGCCAAUUGUAAUUCAGUGUUAAAAUGACCCUGAGCCAAGCAGCCAAAUUAUGAAAACGAGUGAUUUUAACUUUAAGAUUGUAUGAGUUAUUCAAAUAACUUUAAAUAGCCAUGGUGUCCUGCAGAGUGCCACAGCAAUUAUAAGCAGAUUUAAUCUGGAAACCAUCAUAUUAUUCAGAUAUUUUGAGAGGAACCAAAUGGCCAUGCACAAACAUGGGUGUUACUGUAAUUAUUGUUUACAUACAAAACAAUAUUCAUAUUUAUUGAAAAAUCAUUACUUACGUCUAUGAUAAUAUGAUAACUUAAAAAACAUUCAUGUUUAUGAAUUAAGUGAAUUUAUUUUGUUUAUUUUUUAGGUGUUACAUUUGACCCCAGCUACUGUUACAAUUUCCCUUGACACAGGGCACAUGUAAUGUCCGGACCCUUUUGGAUUACAAUCAAUAUUGUGAUCUGACGGUCAUUAUGUACAGACAUAUACAUGGUAUGAAUGAAAAAUUAUUGGCCUAGUUCGAGUGGUCUCUGAGCAAAAGAGUAAAAUGCAAACAUUUUUACAAUUGCCCCAGUCUCCCCUAAUUUGGUCGACAGUGCCAUACUCACGUCUUUAAACAUAUACAAUUUUAACGGAAUUGUGUAGAAACAUAUCAGCCUAGGGAUAGAGUGGGAUAACAUUCUAUUAAUGUGCACCUCAAGCUUGUCACGCACUGUAGCAGCCCCCACCCUACUGUUUCCCAGUCUCAGGAUGUGGAUAAGGAGACUUUGUUUUUCAUCCCUGUCCAUUCUUGCGCUCAUAUUCUACUUUAUAAGAGCAGUUUGGCUUAUUGUGAGGCUGUCCUAAUAUGGACCCCGUAACCGUGUCCUGCCAUUACUCUCCGCCCAUGCAUCUCAUGCAUACUGUUUGGAGAACUUCGGAUUGUCUUCAUCCUCACUAGACAUGGAAACAGAAUCAAUCUGAGAUUGUGAAUCCAACUCUUGACUAGGGGGGGUUUCAAGUAGAGAGCUCCAGUCGACAAUGCUGCUUUUGAAGGCAGCGUUUGCAGCAUUUGCAGAAAUCGUAUUCAAGGCAAAUGCUGCAGAUGGCUCAAUUGGAAACUAUCUUUAAAUGUCAAGCUUGCUAUAGAGAGUUUUGGAUUGAAUCCCGGCCUGGGAUUUUUGCACGGGUUUUAUGUCCAUUGAACAGUUGUAGUACAGUAUUGUACAGGGCUUUGUCAGAAGAAUGUUUUGCUGAACAUGGACAGUCACUUACAAUAUGAGGUGUAGAAGAAGUCAUGUGUCAACACACAGCAUAGUUGUAUUAUUAACAUGCAGCCGUUUGGUGACAGGAACACAGAGAAACAGUGUUGGAAUUCUAAUGUCAAUGUUGUUUGUUUUGCUUUUCAUAUUUCCACUGUCUAUAUUAUAUUUUGUUUUCCUCAUUUUUUUCUCUUGAAUUUGUUUAAAAAAAAUGUUGUCUAGCAAAGUGAUAUUUAGAUCUGGUGAUGAAAUUGCCAUGGUUGUUUUGUUGUUUAAAAAUGUGGUUACAUCAAAUAAAGGGACCAAAAUGUUGAACAAA